AUGGAGGUUCUGAGACCGACGACGUCACACGUGUCAGGUGGGAACUGGCUCAUGGAAGAGACGAAGAGCAACGCCGGUGUCGCAGCUUCCGGGGAAGGUUGCACGUGGACGGCUGCGGAGAACAAGNUGGCUAUUUCUCAUGGGUUUGAAGAAAUACGGGAAAGGAGAUUGGAGAAACAUAUCUCGGAACUUUGUGAUUACGCGAACGCCAACUCAACGUUCAAGGCUUACCGCGUNAACGGGUUCAAACCGGGUCGUUCUGUUUGUAAUAAACGGUCUCAGGCUGGUAGAUCGCCGGAGCUGGAGAGGAAGAAAGGUGUUCCUUGGACGGAGGAAGAACACAAGCUAUUUCUCAUGGGUUUGAAGAAAUACGGGAAAGGAGAUUGGAGAAACAUAUCUCGGAACUUUGUGAUUACGCGAACGCCAACUCAAGUCGCUAGCCACGCCCAAAAAUACUUUAUCCGGCAACUUUCCGGGGGCAAGGACAAAAGGCGAGCAAGCAUUCACGACAUAACCACCGUGAAUAUCGAAGACGAAGCUUCCCUGGAGAGCAAUAAGAGCUCAAUUGUUCUAGGAGAACAGCGUUCAAGGCUUACCGCGUUUCCGUGGAAUGAAACGGACAACAAUGGAACGCAUGCGGAUGCUUUCAACAUAACGAUUGGAAACGCUAUUAGUGGCGUUCACUCGUACGGCCAGGUUAUGCUUGGAGGAUUUAACAAUGCAGCAGAUUCUUGCUAUAACGCGCAAAACACAAUGUUUCAACUAUAGCUAAUGGAGAUCCAUCUCUAAUUAAACGGUGUAAGUGAAAUUCUUAAUUUUUCAUAUGGACGAAACAAUCGUAAUUGGCAAUUGUAAAAUAAACGUCCAUUGUUUUAAUUUCAAUAUCGAAAUAGUUAAUGAAAGUCUCGUGACAGAGUUAAAUUGUUAUUCGUUUUUUUCCUUCUUUUUUGACCCAGCUACAUAUCGUUCAUGUUUUA